UCUGACUGUCUCGACUCUUUUUUCCCCUCCUUCCCUUUCCUUCUCCGUCUUCCUCCUCUGCAACUGACCGACCGCCUGAACCACGUACGAUUUGACCCAGCAUGGCGGCCGACAAGCCAGAUAGUAAAUAUGAGGACGUCUUCGAGGAGGGCGACGCGCCCAAGGAGGCCCAGACGGUGCACCAUAUCCGCGCCAAUUCCACCAUAAUGGCGGUCCAGAAGAUUUUGGUCGCCAACAGGGGUGAAAUCCCGAUCCGUAUCUUCAGAACCGCCCACGAGCUCUCGCUGCACACAAUCGCCGUCUUCAGCUAUGAGGACCGUCUCUCGAUGCACAGGCAGAAGGCCGAUGAGGCAUACGUCAUUGGCAAACGCGGCCAGUACACCCCGGUCGGCGCAUAUCUCGCUGGCGACGAGAUCGUCAAGAUUGCUGUCGAGCACGGUGCUCAGAUGAUCCAUCCGGGCUACGGUUUCCUCUCGGAGAACGCAGAAUUUGCCCGCAAAGUGGAAGCCGCCGGAAUCAUCUGGAUCGGACCCUCGCCCGAUGUCAUUGAUGCCCUCGGCGACAAGGUCUCGGCCAGAAACGUUGCUAAUAAGGCCAAGGUCCCGGUUGUCCCCGGCACCGACGGCCCUGUGGAGACCUUUGAGGAAGUCAAGCAGUUCACUGAUCAGUACGGUUUCCCGGUCAUCAUCAAGGCUGCGUACGGCGGUGGUGGCCGCGGCAUGCGUGUUGUCCGCGAGGAGUCGGAGCUUAAGGAGUCCUUCGAGCGGGCCACCUCUGAGGCCAAGAGCGCCUUUGGCAACGGAACUGUCUUCGUGGAGAGAUUCCUCGACAAGCCCAAGCACAUCGAAGUUCAAAUCCUCGGCGACAACUUUGGAAACGUCGUUCACCUCUACGAGCGAGACUGCACUGUCCAGCGCAGACACCAGAAGGUCGUCGAGAUCGCGCCGGCUAAGGACCUCCCUACCGAGGUGCGAGAGAGCAUCCUGAAUGAUGCCGUCCGCUUGACAAAGUCGGUUGGCUACCGCAAUGCCGGAACGGUCGAGUUUCUCUACACGCCGAGCGACAACAAGUAUUACUUCAUUGAGGUCAACCCAAGGAUUCAAGUAGAGCACACGAUCUCGGAGGAAAUCACUGGCAUAGACAUCGUGGCCGCCCAGAUUCAGAUCGCAGCCGGUGCCACGCUGGAACAGUUGGGGCUGACCCAGGACCGGAUCUCAACAAGAGGAUUCGCUAUACAGUGCAGAAUCACGACAGAGGAUCCCUCGAAAAACUUCCAACCUGACACGGGCAAGAUUGAAGUCUAUCGGUCUGCAGGUGGUAAUGGGGUCCGUUUAGACGGAGGCAACGGGUUCGCCGGCGCGGUCAUUACUCCUCACUACGACAGCAUGUUGGUCAAACUGAUCUGCCAUGGAAGUACCUUCGAAAUUGCCCGCCGGAAGAUCAUCCGUGCUCUGGUCGAGUUCCGCAUACGUGGCGUCAAGACGAACAUACCCUUCCUCUGUUCGUUGCUCACCCACCCCGAGUUUAUUGAGCAGCGUGUCUGGACUCAGUUCAUCGAUGCCACACCGGAGCUCUUUGAUCUUGUUGGCGGUCAGAAUAGAGCGCAGAAGUUGCUUGCUUACUUGGGCGACAUGGCUGUCAACGGAAGCAGCAUCAAGGGCCAAGUCGGCGAGCCCAAGUUCAAGGGUGAGAUCACGAUUCCCCAGCUCUUCGACGAGGCUGGCAACAAGAUCGAUACCUCGGUACCAUGCACCAAGGGCUGGCGGCAGAUUAUACUUGACCAGGGGCCGAAAGCGUUCGCAAAGGCCGUUCGCAACUACAAGGGCUGCCUGCUCAUGGACACCACCUGGCGUGACGCCCACCAGUCUUUGCUGGCCACACGCGUGAGGACUAUCGACCUGUGCAACAUCGCCGCCGAGACGUCUCACGCCCUGCACAACCUGUACAGCUUGGAAUGCUGGGGCGGCGCCACGUUCGAUGUUGCCAUGCGCUUCCUCUACGAGGACCCGUGGGACCGUCUCCGCAAGAUGCGCAAACUGGUUCCCAACAUUCCCUUCCAAAUGCUGCUGCGUGGCGCCAACGGUGUCGCCUACGCUUCGCUUCCUGACAACGCCAUCUACCACUUUGUCGAGCAAGCCAAGAAGAACGGUGUCGAUAUCUUCCGUGUAUUUGACGCCCUGAACGACAUCGACCAGCUCGAGGUCGGCAUCAAGGCCGUUCAGAAGGCCGGCGGUGUUUGCGAAGGCACAGUCUGCUACAGUGGCGACAUGCUCAACCCCGCCAAGAAGUACAACCUCGAGUACUAUUUGGACCUUGUUGACAAACUUGUUGCCCUUGACAUUGAUGUCCUGGGUAUCAAGGAUAUGGCCGGCGUUCUCAAACCCCAUGCCGCCACCUUACUUGUCGGCUCCAUUCGGAAGAAGUACCCCGACCUGCCGAUCCACGUCCACACCCAUGACUCGGCGGGUACGGGUGUUGCCUCCAUGGUUGCUUGCGCCCUGGCCGGGGCUGAUGCCGUCGAUGCUGCCACCGACAGCUUGUCUGGCAUGACUUCGCAGCCCAGCAUCAACGCUAUCCUUGCUUCGCUCGAAGGGACUGACAAGGACCCUGGCCUCAAUGUCCACCAUGUCCGCGCCCUCGAUACCUACUGGUCUCAGCUUCGCCUUCUCUACUCGCCUUUCGAGGCGCAUCUUGCAGGCCCUGACCCAGAGGUGUACGAGCACGAAAUUCCGGGCGGCCAGCUCACCAACAUGAUGUUCCAAGCUUCUCAGCUUGGUCUCGGCUCUCAGUGGCUCGAGACCAAGAAGGCUUACGAACAGGCCAACGACCUUCUGGGCGACAUCGUCAAGGUGACGCCUACUUCUAAGGUCGUUGGUGACCUCGCCCAGUUUAUGGUCUCGAACAAGCUUACGCCAGAGGACGUCAAGGCCCGUGCUUCCGAGCUCGACUUCCCCGGCUCCGUCCUCGAGUUCUUUGAGGGAAUGAUGGGCCAGCCGUACGGGGGUUUCCCUGAGCCUCUCCGUACCAAUGCGCUGCGCGGCCGCCGCAAGCUCGACAAGCGUCCGGGUCUCUUCCUCGAGCCUGUCGAUUUUGCCAAGGUCAAGAAGGAGCUUGCCCGCAAAUACGGCGGCACCAUCACCGAGUGCGACGUCGCCAGCCACGUCAUGUAUCCCAAGGUGUACGAGGAAUACAGGAAGUUCAUUGACAAGUACGGCGACCUGUCAGUCUUGCCGACCAAGUACUUCCUCUCCAAGCCCGAGAUUGGCGAGGAGUUCCAUGUCGAGCUCGAAAAGGGCAAGGUACUCAUUCUCAAGCUGCUGGCCGUCGGCCCUCUGUCUGAGAACACGGGCCAACGCGAGGUCUUCUACGAGAUGAACGGCGAGGUGCGCCAGGUAACGGUCGAUGACAAGAAGGCGUCGGUCGAGAACGUCAGCCGGCCCAAGGCCGACCCCGGCGACUCGAGCCAGGUCGGCGCGCCCAUGGCUGGUGUGCUGGUUGAGCUGCGCGUGCACGACGGCAGCGAGGUUAAGAAGGGCGAUCCGCUUGCUGUGCUGAGCGCGAUGAAAAUGGAAAUGGUCAUCUCGGCUCCCCACGCGGGCGUUGUCUCCCAGCUCGUGGUGCGCGAGGGCGACUCAGUCGACGGCUCAGACCUUGUUUGCCGCAUCGUCAAGGGGAGCGAGGGCAAAUGAGCGGUUGCUCUGUAAUCUGCAAACUCCAAGCGUGCCACUUAUCGCCUCACCCUCGUCGGGGACACGGGCAAAUUCAAGAUGGCUAAAUCGUGUUGGCGGUCAUGCCUGCAAUAGUCUUUCAGGGUAUCUGUCUGGCUAAUAAGUAACAAGGCGAGCAGGCGGGUACGAGGACAGCUCAAGCGCGGGUCAAGGGGGAGGGAUCGGCGCCCUUAGACACGAGCGCCCUGUGGAAAGGACUCUAUGCAGGGGAGUAUACGGGAACCCCAGAAGGAGG